CAAACAUUAUUUUAUUUUAAGUGUUUUAAGUACGAAGUAAUACGUCUAACAAUGGAAACAUUGGAAACAGUUGACAAUUUUAAGUCGCAAUUUAAAUAUUAUAAAUCAAACAAACCAAAGCCGUCCCUUAGUAAAGUAUUAUCUCUAGCCGAUAUCAGUAAUCAAACCGACAAGGUGACUAAAGUCAAUCCCGACAAUGUCGGUGAUGACGGCAGAACAGACCUGAUAGGUUUAAGGAAUAUUAAAGAAUGGGAAUUAUACGCAUUUCAUGAUCACCCUGGACUAUUCCUAUUAAAAAAUCCGUUCACUGCCGCAGGACAAAGGUAUUGGAUCAGAAAGUGUUUGGAGAAAUACCCUAGAAAGCCAAAUAAGUUGAAUAUUGAUAUUGAAGUGUUGUUACCAGAUUGGUGGGCGGAGUGUUUUGAUAAUGGAGCAUGCAAUAGACAGCUUCAGAAAAAAUUGAGAUGGACUACUUUGGGAUAUCACCACAACUGGGACACAAAAAUAUACACAGAUGAGAACAAAUCUUUAUUUCCUGAGGAGCUGGCCGAGUUGUCAGAUGUAAUGGCUCAGUAUCUUGGCUACACAGGCUUCAAGGCUGAGGCGGCUAUUGUCAAUUAUUAUCAUAUGGACUCUACGCUGUCUGCUCAUACUGACCAUUCAGAGGUCAAUCUAGAAGCUCCACUGUUUUCAUUUAGUUUUGGUCAAUCUGCAAUCUUUCUCAUCGGUGGUAAAGACAAAUCUGUAGAGCCAGCUGCCAUACUACUCAACAGUGGAGAUGUCAUGAUAAUGUCAAAGGAGGCAAGGCUCUGCUACCACGCAGUUCCAAAGAUUCUACCCGCCCAGAGAUCACCCUGGGCUGACCUAGAAGACCUAAAUAAAAUCAGUUACAGUGAAGCUACUUUCAAGUACAUAUCUGACAAAAAACAAUUGAUAUUUGAUAUGAACAAAAACAUUGACGAAGAAGUAUGGAGACCCUUCAAAGAUUACAUACAAGAAUCACGAAUCAAUAUGAAUGUACGGCAAGUGCUAAAUGAAAGACAGAGCAGUUUAACAGAUUAUCAGUUUAAUGAUACAUGAAAUAAAGUAUUUAAUUAUA